AGGAGAAAAAAGAAAGAUCAGGAGAGAAAUGGAAUUCUAUUGCAAGGACUUCAAGGUAGGGAAAUGCCAAGGACAGAAGUUGGUGGAUGGUCAUACCAUGCCACUAGUGUUACAACCAUCAGAGCCUCACAAUGGUGACUUGGACUCUCUUCUUGGGGCUCUGAAGAGGAAUAAGGACUGGUUUGAUGAACUGAUCAUCAAAAACAGUGCUGUUUUGCUUCGAGGUUUCGAUGUGAAGAAAGCUGAGGAUUUUAAUGAUAUAAUUGAAACCUUCGGCUGGGAUGAUAUUCGUUACGUAGGUCCUGCUCCAAGGACGCACAUCUACAAACGAGUAUGGACUGCUAAUGAAGGACCCUUGUCUGAGUUCAUAUACUACCACCAUGAAAUGGUUUUGAUAAAAGAAUUUCCCAAGAAGGUGGUGCUUUUCUGCGAGAUCCCACCACCAGAGGGAGGAGAGACACCGUUUGUUCCUAGCUUCAAAGUUACAGAGAGGAUGCUAGAGGAGUUCCCUCAAGAAGUGGAAGAUAUUGACACAAAAGGGCUAAAGUACACUUUCUCAGCUCCUAGCAACAAUAAUACAUCAUCCAUGAGAGGCAGAGGCUGGGAGGAUGCUUUUGGAACAUCAGACCCUGCAGAAGCUGAGAGAAGGGCGAAGGCUCUAGGGAUGGACAUGGAGUGGCUGCCAAAUGGGGGUGUGAAAACAAUCCUGGGUCCAAGGCCAUUAACAAGGGUGUUUGAGGGAAGAAAAGGAAGGAGGAUGUGGUUCAACACAGUAGUCGGGAUGCAUGGAAAGGAGGUGAGCUCAGCUAUGAUGGCAGAUGGAAGUGAAAUCCCAGAAAAAUUUGUGAAGAGAUGCGAGCAAAUCAUUGAAGAGGAGAGCAUCCAAUUCAAGUGGGAAGCAGGAGAUGUGCUUUUUCUUGAUAAUUAUGCUUUGCUUCAUGGAAGAAGGCCUUCUUUGCCUCCCAGAAAAGUCCUUGUUGCCACAUGCAAGUAGAGCUUGAGCUAUGGGGAAGUGCUAGCUUCUCACAAAGUUUAUGUGUGUAUCCACUUGAUUACAAGGAAUAAAAUGUGGAAGUGAAUAAUGAAAAUAAGUUGUGCCCACUGGCUUAAGCCUAGUUUGGCUGCA